AAUGAACUCAGACGAAAACAUGUGCUGUACUCUCGUCCUGCAACCUCCACAUCAAGCGCGUCCAUAGUCUUGAAGAGAUCACUUGUAAUCGCUAUUGGUGACUGGUUCGAACACUCCUUCUGCAGUCCUAAACCACAUCUCCCUCCUCAACAAAAAUGUCAGUACCUGAGCCGAUAGCAAUCUGCGGGAUAGGCCUGCGGCUACCAGGCGGCAUCGACACGCCGACCUCACUGUACAACUUCCUCGUCAACCGUAAAGAUGCACGUUCCAAACCGGAUAGGCCCCGGUACAGCUCGCAAACGCACCAUUUCACAGAGAGCGGGACCACGCGGCCCCUCCCAACUGAGGAAGGCUACUGGUUGGCGCACGACGAUGUGACAAAGUUCGAUCCGUCAAUGUUUUCUAUGAAUCCGAAGGAGCUGUCAAAACUCGACCCACAGCAACGGCUUCUUCUGCAGGUUGUCUGGGAGGCUCUGGAGAGCGCCGCUGAGACGGAUUGGCAGGGCCAGAGGAUAGGAUGUUAUGUGGGAAGCUUUGGCGACGACUGGCGUGAGAUGCACGCUAUUGACACGCAAGACGAUGGCAUGUAUCGUCUUACUGGCUACAUGGACUUUGUCCAGGCAAACCGGAUAUCCCAUGCAUUCGAUCUGAGAGGACCAAGCAUGACCGUCCGCACAGCUUGCUCGGCGGCCGGUCUCGCAGUUCAUCUUGCCUGUCAAGCAAUCCGCGCAGGAGAAUGCGACUCGGCCGUGGUCGCGGGCUCGAAUCUGAUGCUCUCGCCGGGGUUCACCAAGCUCAUGGCCGAGCAGAGCGUGUUGUCGCCCGACGCGUCGUGCAAGACGUUCGACGCCGGCGCCAACGGCUAUGCACGCGCAGAGGCCCUCAACUGCCUCUUCGUCAAGAGGCUUGACUGUGCCAUCCGCGACGGGAACCCGAUCCGGGCCGUGAUCCGCGGGUCCGCGACCAACUCGGACGGCAAGACGCUCGGCCUGACGACUCCGAGCGCGCAGGCCCAGCAGCAGCUGAUUCGCGACGCCUAUCGCCAGGCCGGGAUCCCCGAGAGUGACAUGUGGCAGACUGCCAUGGUCGAGUGCCACGGAACGGGAACUGCUGUGGGUGAUACGAUCGAGGCAUGCACUGUCGGAACCGUGUUUGGGGAGAAAGGAAUGCUUAUCGGCUCAGUGAAACCCAAUCUGGGCCAUUCAGAGGCCGCCUCGGCUAUUACGAGCAUAGUAAAGGCGGUCUUGUCUCUCGAGACUAGGACCAUCAUACCCAAUAUCAAGUUUGAGAAUCCCAGUAUUAGCAUACCGUUUGAUUCAUCCGGCUUGAAAGUGCCAACGGAGCCCCUGCCGUGGCCCGAAGAUCGAGCAGAACGGAUAGGGGUCAACAGCUUCGGCAUAGGCGGCACAAAUGUCCACAUCAUCAUCGACUCUUCUGCAUCUGUAGCGUAUCCUACGGCAGUCCGAGGCCCUGGAAAUGUCGAUACGCCGCCGCCCUCGCCUCCGCUGCGGAGGGAACCGGCAACACUGUUGCUUUUCUCCGCUUCCAACGAGGAAUCCUUGAAGAAGGCGGUUCGCGGCUAUCAAAAUAUCAUCCAAGCUAACCCGCUCAAGCUUGAGGCUUUGGCUCAUACUCUUACCCAUCGGCGGUCACAUCUCGCCUACCGGACGUUUGCCGUCGUCGCCGGCGAGUCUGGCAACAUAGCUCCGGACUUCCCUCCAGCGCCCACCUUCCGACCAAAAUCGGAAAGCAAAGAUAUCACAUUCGUCUUCACCGGUCAAGGCGCGCAGUGGGCUCGGAUGGGUUCCCAUCUGAUGAAGGCGAGCAAGGAGUUCCUGCAAGACAUUCGGGAGAUGGAUGCAGCGUUGAAGUGUCUCCCGAGGGAACAUCAACCAGCUUGGGAGAUCAGCCGCGAGCUCAUGAGAGCUGAUGCAGGCUCUCGUCUUGGGGAGGCCGAAUUCGCACAACCAGUGUGUACUGCGCUCCAGGUUGCUCUUGUUCGACAUCUCGCUAGAUAUGGUGUCAGUCCAAAAGCAGUAGUCGGACAUUCCAGUGGCGAGAUCGCGGCAGCAUAUGCCGCUGGGACUCUGACGAUCAAGGAAGCCAUCAUCGUCGCCUACUAUCGUGGCUACAUGGCCAAGAAGCUGGAGAAAUGUGGAGCCAUGGCCGCAGUCGGGCUCGGCAGAGACCAAGUAACCCCUUUCCUGACGACCGGAGUCGUCAUCGCCUGCGAGAACAGCAACUCCAGCGUGACUCUUUCGGGAGAUUCGGACCUACUCAGGGCGGUUUGCGAGGAUAUACAUGCCGCCAAGCCAGACUCCUUGGUCCGAAUCCUGAAAGUCGACAAAGCUUAUCAUUCUCAUCAUAUGAAAGUCAUCGGCGCAGAGUACCAAGCUCUACUAAGAUCACAUCUGAAUCCCAAGUCACCGAGGAUCUCAUUCUACUCGAGCGUCUCGCCUCACACACCUCUUCGCGGUGCAGAUUUUGGCCCCGAGUAUUGGCAAUGCAAUUUGGAGUCCCCAGUAUUGUUUCGUCAGGCCGUGACGAGGCUCCUGCAAACCUCUUCAACGUCUUUGUUUCUGGAAGUCGGUCCGCACUCGGCACUCGCCGGCCCUCUGAAGCAGAUCUGCUCCGAGAACUCAAUCUCCCCGCCCUACGUUGCCGCGCAGAAGCGCGGUUUGAACAGCGCCGCUUCUUUCCUUGCGGCCGUCGGCGAGCUCCAUUGCCGUGGUGUCGCCGUCGACUUUCCCGUUAUGGACGGCGUCCGCCCCUUGACGGACCUGCCAAGGUAUCCAUGGAACCUGAGCAAGACGUAUUGGCCUGAUUCUCGGAUCACAAAUCUCUGGCAAUUCCCCGAGUACCCGCCCCAUGAGCUGCUCGGACACCGUGUAUUGGAAACAAGCAAUGCGGAACCAAGUUGGAGGUGUUGUCUCUCACUCGACAAAGUCCCCUGGAUCAUGGAUCACCAAGUCGGUUCAGACAUCGUUUUCCCCGCAGCUGGCUAUGUGGCUAUGGCGGGAGAGGCUGUUCGUCAACUGACCGAGCAUACCGACUUCACGAUACGCGAGAUGCAUAUUAUGAACGCGCUGGUCAUCUCACCUGGGAAGGCGGUCGAAUUUCUCACGUCGGUUCGACGACAGCGAUUGACGCACAACGACGUGUCAGAGUGGUGGGAGCUCACAGUCCAGAGCUGUUCCUCCGCAGACACUUGGACGACACACUGCACAUGCCUUAUAAAAGGCGGAAACGACCUGAAGGUCAGAAACCUACCUGGCCUGCAAAAGGCUUCGUUUUUGAGAGUCACCGAGCCUUCACGAUGGUACAAGCAAAUGUCCAGAGUGGGAUACAACUACGGGCCUCUGUUCAGGUGCAUGCGGACGGUCCGUUCAAGUGUCACUUCCUCAGCUGUAGAGGUCGAGAUAUCGGACUGCAAAGUCGACGGGUCUGCCACACAGUCCUAUGCGAUACAUCCUACUACCAUCGACCAUGUCUUCCAAUCGCUCGUGGUAGCUAAUACCUCCGGAGAACCUCGCCAGCUCGACAAACUUUAUCUGCCCACCUAUGUCAACGAAAUCUCCAUCAACGCUGAGGCGGAAACUAGGGGUUGUCUAAUUCAGACAUUGAAAACUGGUAGAGAUGGCUAUUGCCAGGGAGAAUCCAUUGGGUUUGUGCCCGGGAAUCCAACUGGCCAGCCGUUGGUUCACAUGAAGGGUCUCCAGUUUUCACCUAUCGAGAUCGUCGACUCUACCAAACACAGUCCAGACACUUCCAAGGUGACACAUUUGGUCUGGAAGCCCGACGUUGACUUGGCGGAAUCGACAGAACUGAUACAACCAACCUCCCCCAACGACUUUUCAGAGAUCCACGGUCUUCUUGAAGAUCUCUUCAUACUCUGCGGUCUAGUUACCCUGCGAGAAGUUGGCGUAGCUAGCGUGUUGUCCGAGCAGACACAACCACACCUCAGGAAGCAUUACCAGUGGCUGGAGAAACAAAUCGUCAGGUCAAACAGAACCUGGCCAGCUUUGACGACAGCAGAAGUCCAUGACAAGAUCAGAGAUGUUAGUCUGCAGCUUGAAAAAACACCAGCUUCGGCCGUUGCUACUCUCAUCAGUCGCUGCUACACCCACGCGCAGUCCCUUUUCACCUCGGAUAUUGGACCUCUGGAAUUAUUCCUUCAGGACAACGCCCUCCAUGAGCUAUACGAUUGGAUGAACACCCUCUUCACUUACAAGCCUCUGCUUCAGCUCUUGUCACACAAGCGAGGCCGACAUCUCAGGAUUCUCGAAAUCGGCGCUGGCACAGGAGGUUUGACUGCACGCAUCCUGAAGUGUCUGACGGAGUGCUUCGACGACGGCAAAGUGCUUGGGAAAUACGUCUUCACCGACGUCUCGUCCGGCUUCUUUCCUGCAGCCAAGGCCAGGUUUGAAACGAUCCCUGAGGGGUUCUUGGAUUAUCGAGUGCUCGACAUCAGCCAUGACCCGGAAGAUCAGGGGUUUGGGGGAGAACAAUACGACCUCAUCGUUGCAAGCAAUGUUCUCCACGCCACUCCAGACUUGACGAAGACAUUACAGCAUGUCAGAACGCUUUUGAAACCAGAGGGAAGACUGCUGAUGCACGAACUUUGCUGCGACACAAAAUGGAUCAACUUCAUAAUGGGUUAUCUGUCCGGCUGGUGGCUCGGAGAGUCUGACGGCCGCAAAGAUGAGCCUUACAUCUCGCCGGACCGAUGGGAAGAGCGACUUGCUCUUGCGGGCUUCUCGAAGCCCGAUGUCUUCUACGAUGCCGAGCAGCAGCACAGACUCAACGCAACUAUUGUCGCUCGCCCUGCGCAUUCCACUUCCAAGAUGCCUUCUGCGUUAGGAGAGAUCACGAUUCUGUGCGAAGAGGAGUCGCAUCCAGUCGUUGUGGACCUGUGCAAUCACCUGGAGAAACAAGGCCACUCCGUCACUUGCACCACGCUCUCUGCCGGAAACAUACAGCCAUGUGCCCCGGUAGUCUCGGCGGUCGACCUCUGCCGCGGAGACGGCUACUUCCACGACAUGACACAUGGCAAGCUGGACGACUUCAAGCGUCUGCUGCAGAAACUUCAGUCGAACAACCUUGGGCUACUCUGGCUCACCCGGCCCUGUCAGGUUGACACGCAGAAUCCAACUUUUGCACCAGUGCUCGGUGUGGCUAGGACAUGCCGCAUCGAGAUGGGCCUCCCGUUCUGCACGUUGGAGAUGGACAGCGACGGGACGGAUGCUCUAUCCGCUGUGUCUCGCGUGUUGCAAAAGACACUUCUCCGGCAUGUUGCGGCCAAAUCAGCACACGAUGAGGAUACGGAAUUCUCCUACUCCUCAGGACGCAUCUUCGUUCCUCGUUGCAAGUGGUUGUCCGUCUCCCUUGCUCUGCAAGAUACAACUUCACCGCCCCCAUCUAAGAUGUUGCACAUCUCUAGGCCUGGGGCAUUGCAAAGCCUCUGCUGGAUCCCCCGCCGUCUCUCGGACCAGAUCCCCCUGGACCAAGUGCAGAUCAAGGUCCACGCCGCAGGCCUCAACUUCAAGGACGUAGUCACAGCAAUGGGACUCAUCGAUCCUUCAUCUCCCAAAGGUCUCGGCUGCGAAGCCAGCGGUGUUGUGACCGCGACAGGGUCCCUCGUCACCAACCUCCGCAUCGGCGACAGGGUCAUGGUCUUCGCACCCCAGGCCGCGUGCUUCUCUACCGACAUCCAAGCUCCAGCACAGCUGUGUAUCCGCAUACCCGAUGAACUCGGCUUCGCCGACGCAGCGACCAUGCCGUGUGUUUUUGUCACUGUCUUGCGAGCACUCUUGGACAAAGCUGGUCUCCAGGCCGGCCAGACCGUUCUCGUACAUAGUGCGGCCGGCGGCGUCGGCAUUGCGGCCAUGCAAGUGGCUCGAUGGAUCGGCGCGACCGUCUACGCCACCGUUGGAAGCGAGGAGAAGGUCGACUUCAUCUCGAAGACGUGGAACAUUCCUCGAGAACACAUCUUCUCUUCACGCGACUCUCGCUUUGUUGAAGGUAUCAAAGCAGCGACUGGCGGUCGUGGGGUAGACGUCGUCUUGAACUCCUUGGCCGGCGAGCUCCUUCACGCAUCGUGGGAAUGCGUUGCCCCGCAUGGCACCUUCAUCGAGCUCGGGAAGAGGGAUACGCUCGCCGGCGGAAGACUCGCAAUGGAAGCUUUUGAUGGAAACCGCUCCUUUAUCGGUGUUGAGAUGGCCAAUCUGGCGGCACAGGACCCCAGCAUCAUUGCCCGCCUGCUUCAGCGGUGCGUCCAACUUUACGAGCAAGGGCAUAUCACACCUUUGCGGCCUUCCAGAAUCUUCUCGUGCCAAGAGGCUGAAGAUGCAUUCAGGCAUAUUUACAAGGGCACCCAUGUUGGCAAGGUUGUCAUCGACAUGCAAAAAGCGGCAGUAGAAGCUCUUGAUGUUGUCGCUCGACAGCUCCCUGCGCCAUCGUUUUGCAACAAGGCAACGUACCUUCUCGUAGGUGGCACGGGGGGUCUCGGUGCAUCCAUCUCACGAUGGAUGGCUUGCCAUGGUGCCCGAAGCUUCGUCUUUCUCUCAAGAUCAGCGGGAAACAGCGCCGUCGACCAAGACCUUCUUACAGAGCUGCGGGGCCGAGGGUGUGAGGUCGAGGCCGUUUCCUGCGACAUUACGAACGAGACAGAGCUGCAUGCCGCUGCUUCCAGACUACCCUUGUGGAACCGGAUCAGAGGAGUGCUGAACUUGGCAAUGGUUCUCUCGGAUGCAGCACUACCUAAUCUCACGCUGUCACAGUGGGAAUCGGCAACUUCUCCAAAGAUCCGCGGGACGUGGAACCUCCAUCGUGUUCUGCCGUCAGACUUGGACUUCUUCGUGCUCUUCGGCAGCACGUCGGGCAUUCACGGAUAUCCCGGCCAAGCGAACUAUGCUGCAGCCAACACGUUCCUCGACGCCUUUGUCCAGUACCGCCGCAGACACGGUCUCCCAUGCUCCAUUCUAGAUCUCGGCGGCGUUGAGGAUGUGGGCUACGUCAGCCGCACACUUGAGGUCGAAGAUGCUAUGAAAAAGGCAGGAUCAAAGCUGCUAUCUGAAAGUGACAUGCUUCGGGGACUUCAGCUUGCGAUGGCUCAAUCUCUGAGUAGUGAUGCAGGCCCAGAGUGUGCCAUUGCGGGGCCGGGGUUCGGCGGCCAGGUGCUGAUUGGUCUCGAGUGUUCUAUUCCCUUAGAUGAUGUCAACAACCGUGUCGUGUGGAAGCAAGACCCUCGCAUGGUCCUCUACCCUGAAGAUUUGGACACCCCAACCCGGGAGGGAAAGCAGUCUGGAGCGUCCGGGCUGUCGGAGUUCCUCGCCCGGCUACAGAGCAAACCUGAGGAGGUUGACACACCAUCUGCCAUCGCGUACCUUGCACAGGAGAUUGCGCUUAGGGUUUGCGGCUUCCUCAUGAAGGAGGUCGACGAGACUGGGGUCGAUACGUCUGUGUCUCCGUCUGCCCUCGGGGUUGACUCUUUGAUGACCAUCGAGAUUCGCAACUGGUGGAAACACACCCUCGGGGGCGAUAUCAGUGUGUUGCAGUUGACGAGCGCACAAAGCUUUGAUCAACUCGGUCAUCUUGCCGCCAAGCAGCUGAAAGAGAAGAUGACGUUAGCUGGUAACAUGUAACUAGGAGUAAGCGAUGGUGUCUGUGUGAGUUUCUUUUGGAAU